CAGCACUGAUUCAAUGCAACUGAAACUCACCUCACCUCGUUUAAAACGUAAAUUAGCUGCUAAUUAAGUUUUGACUACUAAAACUACAACUAUAGAUGUGGAUGUACAUACAUCUAUAUAUCAAUUACCGAUCCUGGACAUGCUAAUCUAGGAAAAGCAACAUUUUUUAUAAUAGAGAUUAAUGACUGAAUUGGAUCUGGCUCAAAUAAAAUGUCUCUGAGAGAAGAGCAAGACGAGGAUGUAGAAGUGAGUGCAGAGGAGGAGCCAACGAAAACGAAUCCACCAACCUUCUGGUAUGACAUCAACGAAGUCAUCGAGGAAUCCAUUUGCCCAAGUUGCGGCCGACCAAUGACUAAAUUCAAGAAUCGCUGUGCCCAUAUCAAGAGAUGCUUUGCCAUACGAAAACUGGGACCAGUUUAUAGAAUCAAAGGCUAUAUGGAAUGCAAAUGCGGCAUGCUUAUCAACGAUAAUCCCAAGGCCCAAAAGUUGCAUGUGUGUGCGGGGGAAGUGCCAGCUUUUGAGCCCCAUAUAAACUAUAAUCCACCUGUACCUAAUGAGUCAAUUGCGACCAGCGAGCCCCAGCUGCCCAUAUUACCAUUGAAGCCCAAGCAUCGUGUACGCAAUUUUGAUCUGUCAGCCACAAAUACUGAACCCGAUGUGGAUUGUGAUGUCUAUUCCAUUGAGCGACAGGAUAGCGAUAGCAAUGAUAUUAUAGUCGCCGUCAAAAUAUGUUCCAAAUUAAGACAAAAGCCAACAUCAAAAGUGGACAUGGUGAUCAAGAAACGUCUAAUGCAAUUGCCCGGUUAUCAGAACGAUGUCAGUUAAAUGUUCUUUACAUUUUUCGGAGUAUACAUAUAUAUUUUUGCUACACCUAAAGUUUUUGUUUAAUAAAUAAAAAAAUCAUUUAUUGUAUAUUAAUAAUAUAUAUAUAUAAACAUGUAAAAUUGAUUUACAAUUUACAA